UUUAGUUUUAGCAGGAAUGUAUGGUUGUAUUCGCUCAUAUAUCCAUCCUCAGCUAACGCAGGUGUCUUAAACUAGCUCUUUCUCGCUCUGUAAUUUGUUUCUUCUAAGAUAACUAUGGCAGAAGCGAUUCUAUUUAACACUGCUACUGAAAUUUUGAAGAAGAUAGUUUCCCUUAUUGGUGGAGAAGUAUCGUUGUUGUGGGAUUUGAAAAGUAAUUUAAGAAGACUUGAGGGAACCAUGAGCACCCUCAAAGCCGUGCUGUUGGAUGCCGAGACAAGGCAGACUCAAGAUCAUCAGCUGCGUGACUGGCUUGGGAAGCUUAGAGACGUUUUUUAUGAUGCUGAGGACGUUUUAGAAGAAUUCGAAUUUCAUGCUGCCAGGAGGCAACGGAGGACCUCAAUAUCAAAGGUACGUCAGUACUUUCCAAGUUGGAAUUCUAUUAAAAUUGGUUACAAGAUCAAGGACAUUAGAGAAAGGUUAGAUGAGAUCGCAGAUGAUAGGCAAAAAUUUCAUCUUGUUGAGAGUCAUGUUGACGUUAGGCGUGUAAUUCCAAAGGAAAGGGAGACAAAUCCCUUCUUCCAAGCGUCUGAGGUCAUCGGAAGAGAGGAGGAUAAAGAAAACGUCGUAAGCUUUUUGAUUCAGCCAACCCAUGUUAAUGUUUCCGUCAUUCCUAUUGUUGGAAUUGGGGGUUUGGGUAAAACUACUCUUUCUAAAAUGGUUUACAAUGAUGAAAUGGUCAGGAGGCACUUUGAAUUGAGAAUGUGGGUUUGUGUCUCAGAUGACUUUGAUGUUAACAGGUUAAUGAAAGAAAUUAUUUAUUCUGCAACACAUGAGGAUUGUGCUAAGUUAAAAGCCGAUGAAAUACCCAAGCGUUUGCAAGAAAUUUUGGGUGGUCGAAAGUUUUUGCUUGUUUUAGAUGAUGUGUGGAAUGAACAACCAAUGAACUUGAUAGAUUUGAAAAGCCUAUUGUUGAAUGGUGUUAAUGGAAGUAAAAUUAUUGUGAGCACAUGUAGUAACAGAGUUGCUGAAAUCAUGGGCACUGUUCCCCCACAUUUCAUGCAGGGUCUUUCCUUUGAGGACUCUUUAUCAUUGUUUAAGAGGUGCGCAUUUAAAGAUGGAGAAGGGAAAGAUUUUCCAAAGCUUUGUAAAAUUGCAGAGGAAAUUGUGGGAAAAUGCAAAGGAGUUCCGUUAGCUCUGAGAACUUAGGGAAGCUUACUCUUUGCCAAAACUGAUGAAGAAGAGUGGUUAAGAAU